AUGACAGCAGAAUCCGAAGGGCCAUCUGCAGAUGCGGAGCCGCAGGCGCCGGUCUCAGCGGGCAUGCGGCAAUUCCUCGUGCCUCUAAUCCUGCCCGGCGUACUACAGGGAAAGGCGCAGACCUUUGUUUCCCCGAUGCUUCCUCUCUUCGUUGUGGAACUUGGGGGUUCGCACAGCAUGGUCGGAACCAUUGCCUCAGCCUAUGCUGUGGCACAGUUUUUUGGCUCUGCCCCUGCACCUUGGCUCCACCUUAACAAAACUGUCAAGAAACAUAGUCAGGGUACAGUGCGACUCGGCCCGCGGCGGAAAGCCUUACAGGUGGGCGUCGUCAUGCAGCACCUACAUUAUGCGACAGCGGCGUGCAUGGCCCUCUCUCUGCAGGUCACAACUGCAGUCCUGUCGUUCGUGUCGCAGUCCGUAUAUGUGCUUCUGGGAAUUCGGAUCGUUGGUGGCAUCGGAGCCACUGCUUUCGACAUAUCGCGGAAGGCAUACAUAGCUGCUGAGGUACCAUCUUCCAUUCGUGGACGGGUUGUCGCUUUUCUCGCAAGCCUUCAAAAAUGGGCCGUGAUGAUUUCAGCUUUGCUGAGUGGGAUUGUGGCUGAACAUAUGGCCACUCGGAGCGUUUUCCUUGUGCAGGCUCUUCUGUCCCUCUCUGCCAUGCUACUCAUUGCAGGCCACCGGAUAGUUUCUAGUCAAAGGCGGGAAGCUGAAAGUUUCCCAGGGCCGAAUGAGGGAACGGCCACGACGAAUUCCACGAGAAGCCCUCCUAGGCCGACGCAGACUCUGUCCCUCUUCGGAGUUCUCGGUGCUCACUGGCGGUCACUUGUCGGAGCUGGUCUUUACUGCGCAAUGCUCACUGGCGUUCGAAAUACCUGGAUGGUUGCCUUGCCUUUGCGUGGGCACCAUAUAGGUCUGAGCAAGGUCGGAAUUGGAGUCGCCGUUGCGGGCUUUCGGGCGUGUGAUGCCAGCAUCACCUUUCUGGCAGCAGGUCACAUCAUGGACAAGUAUGGCCUGAAGGCAGCAGCUAUCCCCUCCAUGAUUUUGAUGGGUGCUGCAUUUGCGCUACUCUCUACGGUUCGGAAUCCUGUGAUGCUCGGAGUCGCAGCAGUAGUGGCUGGUGUUGGAAACGGCAUUUGCGGCGGCAUCGUAAACGCAUUUGCAACAGGAUUAGCCCCAGCGCAUGCACGCACUCAAUUCCUGGGUCUCUGGAAGACGGUUACGGCCAUCGGUGGUAUCUUGCUCCCUCCGCUCUUUGGCGCAGUUUCCGAUGUAACCUCGCUGGACAUCGCCGACUUCUGUGUUUCUGCUGCUGCUUUCGUUGCUGUGGCCUGGAUACUUUUGAUGGUGCGAGAGAUAGCCCCUAAGGCAGCGCGAGACACGCAAGUUACAGUGUCUCUCGCUGCUCCAAGUCCGGUGCCAUAG